GCGUUUUGAAUUUGUACUAUUUUUGUUAUUCACAAGUAGUCUCAUCCGGGCUCGCCACGACCGACGAGAUUUGCAAGUUUGCGUCAAAGUAUUUAAUUUGGUCAUAUAUAAACGUCACGUACGUUAUUUCUCGAACAUGGCCUUAAAGCACGUAGUAAUAGGUGGUGGCACUGGGUUCAUUGGAUCACAGCUGAUAAACACACUGUCCCACGAGGGCUUCUCUUGCACGUGCAUCUCCCGAAUGCCAGGACCAAGUAGGAUAUCAUGGAAUGAUUUAGAGCGCUACGGCCUACCGGAGAACACGUCAGCCGUUAUCAAUGUUGCCGGUCAAAAUGUGCUUGAUCCCACGCGGAGGUGGACGCCCGGUUUCAAGCAGAACGUCAGGAACAGCAGGGUGAAAACAACGAAGGCUCUAGCGGAUGCGAUACAGAGCACCAAGGCUACGGUUCUCGUGACCGUAUCGGGAGUCGCUUGUUACAAGCCGGACGAUGCCGAGUAUACAGAAGAGAGCAAAUGCGAAUCAUAUGAUUUUUUGUCAAGACUCUGUCAUGAUUGGGAGGAAGCAGCACGAUUGCCAGAAGCUAGCAACAUCAGACAAGUGACGAUAAGAUCUGGGGUCGUGUUAGGGAAAAACGGCGGCAUGAUCAAACAAAUUUAUUUACCGUUUUUACUCGGUCUGGGUGGACCAAUAGGAACUGGAAAUCAGUACAUGCCGUGGAUACACAUCACAGACUUGGUGAACAUGUUUUUGUUCGCACUUAAAACCGGCAAUGUGCAUGGAAUAUUAAACGGAGUUGCGCCUCAGCUUAUAACAAAUAAAGAAUUUACACAAGCGUUCGCAGCAGCGUUAAGGAGACCCGCGAUUAUACCUUUUCCAAGAAUUAUUCUGAACAUAUUAUUCAACGAAGAACGAGCAAAAAUGAUGCUAGAGGGGCAGAAAGUCAUACCGAAGCGUGUCACAGAGCUAGGAUUUCAGUAUCAAUAUCCAGACAUCAAGAAGGCUUGUGAGCAACUCGUACAGUAAAUUACAAGAUUUCGUAAACAUAAUUGUAAUAAAAAUCGAUAGGAACAUGUAUAGCUUGAUUAAGUAAUUUAUUAUAAAUUAUAAUGUAAUAGUCUGUGGUAUGUGAUAAUUGAUGAUUCACGAUGAGACAUCAAGUUUAAUAUAUAUUCUCUUUCAUGCGUUGCAGCUUGAAUUUACUAUAAUGUAAAUAACUAACAAAUUUUUUAUUGCUUCAUAAUUUAUAAUUAUGAAUUUAUAUUACUGCAAUCGUAGUUACAAAUUUAUUGUUGUCAUUGAAAUAAAUCGUUGAAGCUCU